AUGGAAUUACAUUCACGGCUCUUCCCUCUGCAACAAAUCACGUCAACACGCACCAAACCAAAGUACAAGAUCAAGCCAUACGAAAUGACCGACGCCGAACGCCGGCUUCAGCAGGAGCUCAUCAAAUGGAGGGACUCGAAGAUAAUCGAGGAGGAUCUCGAUGCUGAUGACUUUUUUGGUCCCCAGAUGAUCAUGUCGAACAAGAUCCUGAACCGUAUUGUCGACCUCGCGCACUAUCACAAAAUCUUAUCAACAACUUCUCUCUUCGAGCAGACAUCAUGGUGCUACUCCUCUGAAUAUGGGCAAAGCGUCCUCGAUAUUAUUCUUACUUGCAUCCCUUUGCCCAUUGUCCAACCUCCCGCACCACCUGCUGUGAUCAUUCCACCUCCACUUGGCGUAUCGUCGUCAACAAACCAACAACCGAGCGCCAGCACCUCCGCCACAAAUGGCGUCAUGUUGCCAUUGAAACAUUCACGAAAGUGUCGUGCUUGUGGUAGCACUGAUCAUAUAGCGUCCAACAAACUUUGUCCAAGAUAUAUUUCCAAGCCCCGCAAGUCAAGAUCUAAUAUAGAAAAUGCACUGGCCAUGGUGGCACCUGCUCCAGGCGCUUCUGAGCAAGGUUUCCAUCCAGUGCAAGGACAACAACAGUUUGUUGGUCCGCAGAACAAUUGAGUCGGUUA